GCUCCGACCCCCUCGAUAUUCGACGCUCCUCCCUUCCCUCCCGCACCGCCGCCCCUGCGCUUCUCCCAUCCGGCGGCGCCGCCCUUGCACGGCCCUCCCCCACACCGGCGACGCUCGAUCUGCUCGCCCCGCCGCCCCUGCGCGACCCUCCUCUACCUGAGACGGCCACCCUGCGCCCUCCCCUCACCCUCCUCCCACCAGCGCCACCGCCCUGCGCGGCCCUCCCCUCACCGGCGCCGGCCGGCCUUCCCCCACCGGCGCCACGCCCCUGCGGACCACCACGGACAGCGCGCGCUCCCCCCCUCCCCUCUGGCACCGCCGCCCCUGCGCCUGUCCUCCACCGGCGGCGCCGCCCCUGCACGGCCAGGCCCUCCUACCCACCGGAGACUCUCGAUCUGCCUCCACCCACCCCGCCGCCCCUGCGCGGCCCUCCUCUACCGGCGACGGCUACCUACGCAGCCCUUCCCUCUCCCUUCUCCCACCAGCGACGCCGCCCUGCGCGGCCCUCCUCUCACCGGUGACGGCUGGCCUUCCCCAGCGCCGACGCCGCCCCUGCGGGCUAGCACGAACAGCGCGCGUGGGUGCCCUCCAGGCACGCGUCUGCAGGGCCGGCGCCCUCCAGGGACGACGCCCGGGCUCUGGCCACCGCGUGCCCCCGGUGUCCGGCUUCUUCAGCCCCAGCGCCCUCUUGACGGUAAUUUUGUCUUUGUCCAAGUUAAAAGAGUUGCAGGGAGAUCUAACGGAUUGCCACUUUCCGAAACCAAUUUUCCCUUUGAAGAACCAGCCGCUGCGGCUGCAGCAUCAGCAAUGGUGCUGAUCGCUUUCGUCCGCGACUACAUCGAUCGCAUGCUCCAUGACAUCCCGGGAAUGAAGGUCCUCGUCCUCGACCCCCAAACCGUCGGCAUGGUGAGCGUGGUGUACAGCCAGUCAGAUCUGCUGCGGAAGGAGGUGUUCCUCGUGGAGACGAUGGACAACGCCUCCAGCUCCAGGGAAUCCAUGGCGCACCUCAAGGCCGUCUACUUCCUCCGACCCUCUGCCGACAACGUCCAGAAGCUCCGCAGGCACCUCGCCAUGCCGCGCUUCGCCGAGUACCACCUUUUCUUCUCCAAUAUAUUGAAGAUUCCGCAGAUUCAGAUACUAGCUGAUUCUGAUGAGCAGGAGGUUGUUCAGCAAGUUCAGGAGUUCUAUGCUGAUUUUUGUGCCAUUGACCCAUACCAUUUCACUCUCAACAUUCAAAAUAACCAUAUGUACAUGCUUCCAACGGUGGUCGAUCCUCCUGGCAUGCAGAGCUUUUGUGAUCGAGCUGUUGAUGGCAUUGCUUCUGUCUUCUUGGCUCUCAAGCGUCGCCCUGUUAUUAGAUUUCAGAGGACAUCAGAUGUUGCAAAAAGGAUCGCACAAGAAACUGCGAGAUUGAUGUAUGAGCAGGAGAGUGGCCUGUUUGAUUUUAGACGAACAGAAAACUCUUCGUUGUUGUUGGUGAUUGACAGGAGGGAUGAUCCUGUUACGCCUCUCCUUAACCAAUGGACAUAUCAGGCAAUGGUUCAUGAACUUAUUGGAAUCGAGAACAACAAAGUGGAUCUUAGGGGAUUUGCCAAUGUACCUAAAGACCAGCAGGAGGUGGUUCUAUCAUCGGUUCAAGAUGAUUUUUUUAGAGCUAACAUGUUUGAGAAUUUUGGGGACCUCGGUAUGAACAUCAAAAGAAUGGUAGAUGACUUUCAGCAUCUUUCGAAGAGCAGCCUUAAUCUCCAGAGUAUAGGUGAUAUGGCAAAGUUCGUGACCAACUAUCCUGAAUAUCGAAAGACACAUGGAAAUGUAACAAAACAUGUCGCUUUGGUGAGUGAGAUGAGCAGAAUUGUGGAGGAAAGGAAGCUUAUGCUAGUUUCACAGACAGAACAAGAGCUUGCAUGUACGAGUGGACAAGCAGCAGCCUUUGAGGCUGUCACUUCCUUGCUAAACAAUGAAAGUGUAUCUGAUAUUGACCGAUUACGACUAGUAAUGCUCUAUGCUUUGCGGUAUGAAAAAGAGAGUCCAGUUCAACUGAUGCAGCUUUUCAACAAACUGGCUUCUUGUUCUGCCAAAUACAAGUCUGGGCUUGUUCAAUUCCUCCUUAAGCAGGCUGGUGUUGAUAAGAGAACAGGCGACUUGUAUGGGAACCGUGAUCUAUUAAAUAUUGCUCGUAACAUGGCUCGUGGGCUCAAGGGAGUUGAGAAUGUCUACACCCAGCACCAGCCUCUUCUCUUCCAAACUAUGGAAGGAAUUGUUAAAGGUCGAUUGCGAGAUGCGGACUAUCCACUUGUUGGCAACCAUUUCCAGCAGGGCAGGCCUCAAGAUGUGGUCAUAUUCAUUGCUGGAGGGACAACUUAUGAGGAAGCAAGAUCAGUAGCCCUUUGUAAUGCAGCAAAUCCUGGAGUUCGUUUCUUCCUUGGAGGUUCAGUGGUUCUGAAUUCAAAAAGAUUUCUUGAAGAUUUGGGGGAGGCACAAAGGAUAUCGAAAUCAAGCACUAUAAUAUGAGCUAAAUUGUGCAUCUCCUGUUUGAAGAGUACCAGAAUAUGAUAAUUGACAGUAUUGACUCCACUUUUGCAUAGAAUCAAAUCUGUGUGAUAAAUUUUGUAACAUAAGCACUAGGUGCUUAGUGCAACGUCAUACCAAAUAAGCAUAUCUGUAGCCCGUCCAGCAUCUGUUUAUGUUAUUCUUGUUUUUUCCCUCUUUACACAGUUGAAGCAACUAUUUGUUUGUCUCUAUACCAGUGUUGAUUGAGAUUGUACCAUUUAGGUCGUAUGUGGAACUCAAAAGAUCGUGUAUGUAAAAGAGGCCAGUUAUAAUUUUCAGUUUCUCUCCGUUUUAUCUUU